AUGACACAAUAUCCGUAUGGCCAGCAGGGCCAGUAUGAGCCCUACACCUACAACGGCCAGUCCGGUCAGGGUACCCACUCUCCCGGAUUACUCGACUCUCCAUCCAUCAACAUGCCCGGAACUGCGACUACCAUGGCGCCUAGCGGCCACGGCUAUGGAGGUACCCUUCCGACUGUCGGCCAAGCCUCCCAUGCGGGCUUUGCCGUAGACCAACAAUUCCAGAAAGCCCAUGAUGCGCAAACCCAAGGGAACGAACGCUACGCUAUCCUGGAUCAUUUCUUGCGCGAUCCCAACGUUGCCUGGAACCCCGUCAAAGUUGCUGGUCCAUUAGGUGGCAGCCAGAAUGCCAACCUCUCAAUGAACUCUGGAUACUCCGACUAUCCCAGAUAUCGUGAUAACCAUGCGCCAUCUGAGUGUGAUACUGCCGCUGACCGCGCUGGAGUUUUCUCCGACUCUGGAUAUGGCAGUAUAGCCAGGCAGAGCGUGGGGAAUCCUUCCGUGUACGGGGACGUGGACCGUGGCGGUGAUACCCAAAUCAUGCUCCAGAUGUCCCAGUUCCAGCUUCAGCAGGAUUCAAACCCCCAAGCUACAGUUAUUCCCAAGGACACUCUUAUGCACGAUGACUGGAGCCAUCGAAACCCUGCCGCUCGUCCCGAGGGCAAAAGUUGGUUCUGCGAGCACUGUAGCGAAUAUGUCAAGACCAAGUCGGAGCUCAAUAAGCAUAAACAGAAACAUACGAAGCCACAUCACUGCCCAGAACCUGGUUGCACACGUGAUAGAGGCUUCAGCACCAAGAACGACCUGCAGAGGCAUUUAGCAUCCGUUCACAAAAAGUAUACCGUCGUAUAUCACUGCUGUCAUGACAAUUGCCCGACCAAGACCAAGAAGGAGAAGGAUUGGCCCCGGGCAGAUAACUUCAGGCAACACUUGAAAAGGGUUCAUCAAAUUUUUCUUAAGGCUGAGGACGACCUGAAGAGAUAUGAAGUUCACCUUUCUCCAGAGCAGAUCCUUGCCGGUCCGAGUUCCGCCGCCGUUUUCGCGUCGCAGAUGCAGAUGAUGUCUGAGCAAAACGGCGCUUCCUGGACUGACCAGGCGCAAAUGCAAUAUCUGAGUCACAUGGCACCUUUCACUGAAAUCAGCCUUCCAGCUCCAACGGACUCCUCGAUCACCCUUCAAAGUCGAACGGUCUCGAUGAGCGAGAAUGCGGAUUUUCCAGCGUUGGAAAAUGGCGAUGGGUACACAUGGCCUGAUGCAGGCGCCGCAGAGGUCAGCUCCCACGUCCUUCACUUGGUUUCCAGCCGCCGCGGCUCGCUGGGCGCACUUGAGAGGACAAGAUCCAUUUCGAUCGAUGAACCCUCCUCGGGUGGCCAGCAGCCUGGUUUUGAAUCGGAAGUCUUGGCAGACGGACGUGUGGAGAUGCCUGCGACGGCCGCUAACAGUGAUACCAGCCCCUCGAUUACCACGGGUGGUAUGAAUCCGGGUAUCCGUCCUAUGUCGACUGAUAGCAGCCACCUGCGGUCUCAUGAUGAUCAACGAGACGUCAAUAUCGACCAGCAUCGGGAGACUACCGAGGCUAAUGUUGCUUCGAAUACUCACAAUGAUGGUGAGCCAGUUGAAGACGAGGAUAUGGAUGAUGCGGUGCCUGACUUGGGUCAAGAUACAUCCGCGGACGACUCUGAUGAUACGUCUGGGCAGCCUGGGAUCACUGUGCUCAAGACAUCGUUGGAGUUUCGGAUCGAGAACGAGUCAGCUGUUUCUCUUACCCUCAUCGAAGAUGACGAGAGUGUUCGCACCAUCCUUCGGGUCUUAAAGGCAAAGGGUAACCUCGACCAACUGAUGUCGGAGUUUGGGUACCAAAAGAAGGAGGAGAAGUCUGAGCCCCCACAACCAACCGAGAAGAAGUCCGAACCUACACCCACCUCUGCAGUUGCUCCCAAAACCGGAAACAGCAAAAAUCCCUGCUCCAUCUGCGACAAGAGCUUCAACCGCAAGUGCGAACUCAAGAAGCACCAAAAGCGCCACGACAAGCCCUACGCAUGCACCUUCCACAACUGCUCCAAAAACUUCGGCAGCAAAAACGACUGGAAGCGGCACGAAAAUAGCCAGCAUCUCCAACUUGAGAUCUGGCGCUGCGACGAGAAGCACCACCACCACCAGGGCGCCACUGCCGCCGUCGGCCUCGUUGCCGACGACCGCGCGGUCUGCGGCUGGGUCGCCCACCGCCGCGAGUCCUUCCGCACCCACCUGUCCAAGGAACACAACAUGGACGACCCGGCCAUCGAGAAAAAAGUGACCGAGUGCCACAUCGGCCGCAACUGCGAGUCGCGCUUCUGGUGCGGGUUUUGCCGGAAGACGAUCGAGUUCCAGAAGGAUAAGAAGCUGGCGUGGUCGGCGAGGUUUGACCAUAUCGAGGACCAUUUCAUUGGGAGGAAUGGGGUCAGGCAGCAGAAUAUUAGGGAUUGGGAGUUUAUUGAGCCGACUGUGACUGUUGGUGCUGGUGGUGGGAAGAAUGGGACUGGGACUGGGACUGGGACUGGGACUGGGAGGGGGGCAGCGGAGAUGGCGGAGAGAGAGGUAGUUGAUUUGACUGAUGAGCAGGAGCAGGUAGAGGAUGAUUUGGAAACUUCUAGUUCGUCCUCGUAUGUCUCGGCUCAGGCGGGUCAGGGUCAGGGGCGAGUGCAACCCGGACAUCUCAAGCGUCGCUCGGAUGCAGAGGACCAAGUUGUUGCUGCUGUUGCACCGAGAGCAAAGAAGCAGAAGUCGGGUAGGCAGAGGGAGUGUCUCUGGUCUUGUUGCCAAUGUACCGGGGCAAUGUUCAAUGUCGAGACGACGCCCGGGUGUCUGGAUUGCAACCAUGCUAGGUGCGAGCACUGCGAUGUUGAGUUCCACAGGGGCCCUCAGGAGGGACAUUAG